AACCCACUCUGCCAUUGCGCAUCCUCCCAAUUCUCCAUACAAAACUUUUAGCUGUGGAACAAGUGCGCAGUUUCGAUGUCAUUCGUCGCCAUUCGAACAGCCUCGUCAGGACCAUCGUUACGUUGCUAAAAUUCCUCAGAGUUGCACUUCAACGCACAAUCCACAAUCCCCUCCGCAAACACAACAUCUGUUCAAUUGCCAUUGUCACGCCGAAAGUAUUAUCGACAAACCACCAUCUGACCUUCCCUUAAGUCCGCCCGCUUCGUUCUGUAACGCAGGCACUUCCUACAAAGUCUUGUCCCUCGCACCUCAUCCAAACCUCCAAAAUUCCACCUACUGCCGCUGCCUUGUGGCAACUUUAUCUCCUCUCAACUCUUCGCCAAACAUCGUUUCUCAAGCUGUAAUCCUCUACGGCGCAUAGCCUCCGCUUAACAUAUCGAGAUGUCUACACAAGUCACCCCCGAAGUCCUUUGGGCCCAGCGCUCUUCUGCCACCGAUGCUGAAAAGAACUACGUCUACCUGACCAUCUCGGUUCCUGAUGUUCCCGCCAAGUCCUUGAAGUUGGACCUCACACCAACUGGCCUGACCUUUACCGGAACUUCAGACAGCAAGAAAUCCACAUAUCACCUGGACAUCAAAUUCUACGAGGAAAUCGAUGUUGAGAAUUCCAAGACACACCACACUCCUGCCAACAUCCAGCUCGUCCUGCGCAAGAAGGAACUCAAGGAGGAGUAUUGGCCCCGCCUACUCAAGGACACCGCAAAGGUUCACUUUUUGAGAACCGACUUUGACAAGUGGGUUGACGAAGACGAACAAAAUGAGGCCCCCGAAGAUGACUACAUGAACCAAUUUGGAGGCGGUCUGGGUGAAGAUGGUGGAUUUGGUGGAAUUGACUUCUCAAAACUUGGAGGAGGAGACGGCGCUGGAAUGCCAGGUUUGGAGGGUCUAGGCGCUGCGGGCGCUGGCGCUGGUGCAGACGACGAUGAGGGCUCUGAUGAUGACGAGGAGCUUCCGGAUCUCGAAGACGAUGAUAAAGAGGCAGCCGAUGCCAGCAAAGGCAAGGCCAAAGCCUAGAGAGUCGCAGCAGAUGCCCAAGGGGUAGGGGUUGGGAGAAGAGGGAGACACAUAUGCACGACGUGACAAUUGACUCAUCUUAGCCUCUUCUCACUGAACGCGAUAUCAUAUCGCAACAAGGCAAGAGGGCUAAUGACCCCCUUGCACAGACAAUGCUUAAACCUCCACAUACGCGCUCAAGUGUUUGGCAUCCAUGUGUCUUUCAAGGAUACCCCCUCAAUACAAUCAAUCAAUCACUCAGUACAUUGGAACAGGCAAUCAAGAGUACUGACAUCGACAAGCCCUUGUCUCUGCAGUCCCUUUUCGAGUAUACUAGUUUUUGAGGAUAGGAUUGUGGACAUCUGGAUGAAUCAUUGGGCGCAACAGAAGUAACAGAUAUGGAAACAAUUCUAUCAACUGUUUUGCUAGAGUUCGUAUACAAUAACAGACACAAUGAAACAAGUCAGGGUUGUAGGGAUGUAGGGAUGAUCCAUUCACUUGACAGAGGUAGCCUCAAGUAUUGUACAUACAACUUCCAUGUAGGAUUGUUAC